ACUUUAUUUUCUAUCAACGCCACCGAUCCGUCCACGUUCCUGAUGACCACGACUUGACUUUCUGGCUCUGCAGACCACUCCUCUCCUAGACAGACCAUGUUGGUCCGCGAAAGACGUCUUGUGGUCUUGAUCGGAGCAUUUCUUUUUCUCAUUAUCUUAACUCUCGGGUUUUAUGAUAGAUGGUUUUUGGCGCGAACCCGGAGUAACGUUAGGAGCGGUGAUGAUGGAUAUGAGAAAAAUGGAGGGAGAGUAUGGCUAGGACAGACGUUCGAUGGUCCUCCAUCCAGCAAACAGAAUUCUGAAUAUCAAUCACAACAUGGCCCUAUUUCUACACCUCCAUCCACCCAUAACGAAGUCUUCUCCAUCUCAACCCGGACGGGAAAAUACUUCACCAUCGACUUCGGCCCGCACUUCAAGGCGAUCAACCCAAGUAUCAUCCCGCAUCCAUCACUGAACGAUACAUGGAUCGUGGUCGCGCAACGCGUGCCAUCUCGUCCGAACUCUGUUUUUAAUGUCGAGUUAGUCUGUGAUGCUAUAUUUGUACAGGAGGAAGAAGACGGCAUCCUCCGCUGCAUUAACCCACCACUCAUCCUCCCCAUCGCAGCGACAAACAGCCCAGGCGAGACAGAGCGUUGUCUCGGACAACUAGCAGCCCUCACGCUGAGUAUCGGUCCGCAUGAUGCGCGCGUCUUCUUCGGCCCCAAUGCCCCCUAUACGAUCUAUGGGUCCAAUUCGAAAUAUACCUGUUUUGGACAGUGGAUUCAGGAUCUGCGAAUUCUGGUAGAUUGGGGAUUCGACUUCAUCCCAAAUAACGAAUUCCGCAUUGGAACAGAACUCCAACGUCCUAGAGAUGGAGACGGUGGUGGCGCGUACGGACCCGUCGAGAAGAACUGGUUCGUUUUCUGGGACGAGCAGAAUCAGAUAUAUGUUCACUACGACAUCGCACCUCGACGGGCAUUCGCGAAAUUAGAAUUCGAUGGAUCUGCUGGACCUGAUCUCGCGACACUAACGGCAUCGAAUGAUGAAGCCUGUAUGGCGAAGCACAUGCCUCUCGUCGCGACGGAUGGACAGCAGAGUAUCCAUCAAGCGACGAAUUCGCUAGCUAUCACGCUGUGUAAGCGUUAUGAUCAGUCGUGUGUACCGGAUGAUUCGAAUACGUUUAUCUUGACGAUCUUUCAGCAUAAGAGUUUUUAUUCUUUCCAUUCGGUGUAUGAGCCGUAUGUGAUGCUGUUUAGGCGCACAGCGCCGUUUGAUAUCUAUGGCAUAUCGACGAGGCCGAUUUGGAUUCGUGGACGAGGGGGUCCGGGACAGGGGAGAAGACCGCAGACUAUGGAGGGCGAGGAGGUACAGGGAUUGCAGGAGUGGGAUCAAACGGAGAUGUUUUAUGUUACUUCUCUUAGUUGGAAGAGUCGCGAGUUGAGGUAUCAUGGGUAUAGUGAUGAUGUGCUCUUUCUGGCGUUUGGUAUCGAGGACGAGGGGACGGGAGGGGUUGAUAUCUUGGCGGAGGAUCUGUUGAAGGAUUUGGGCCUGUGUUCGAUGGGUUGAUGGGAUUGAGGAUUCAUAUAUAAUUUUCUGUUAGGUACAUA